GCUGAGCACAGGCCACAUACUACCAGCCAAGCCUCCCCACUCAGCAAAACUGAGGGACGUUGGCAGGGGGCUUGACCACAAUCAAGAUCAGCGAAACACACACGGCGACAGCAUCUUGGUUCGACUUGUCGUUUACCGGUUCGCUGGCGCGCAACACCAGUACACAUAUCAUUGCUGCACGCGCGAUCAUGUUAACAUCAUAGAUCGAUUGUUCUGCUGACGCGACGGGAGCAAGCGGACCGCCCAUAAAAUCCCGGAACCCAGCGCGCCAACACGCCCACCACCGUAUCUCAGCUCUUCAUUAGCCUUCUUCCCUUCCGCCCAACAGUCCACCCCUAGCCGCGCCUCGCGGCCUCGCCAUCAUGUCAACGUCGUCUGGGACCCCGGAAUCAUGGAUUUCAUCCUUUUGCUCCUUGCUCGGCCAUGAAUAUUUCGCCGAGGUGUCGGAGGAGUUUAUCGAGGAUGACUUCAACCUUACUGGCCUGCAAAAUCAGGUCGCCAUGUACAAGGAAGCGCUAGAGAUGAUCCUCGACGUUGAGCCCGAGGAUGACGAAGAUGACGAAGACGAGGAGGAGGAAGAUGAAGAAGACGUAUCGGGAGGGGAUGGCCCAGGCGGGCGAGCGCAUGGCGAGAGGAGACACCACAGCCGCGUCGCUAGCGACUUAUCGGUGAUUGAAUCGUCCGCGGAGAUGCUUUACGGGCUUAUUCACCAGCGAUUCAUCUGCUCGAGGGCGGGCAUCCAACAAAUGUCGGAGAAGUACGAGUUGGGACACUUCGGCGUCUGCCCGCGGGCAAAUUGCAACCAGACCAGAACGCUGCCCGUCGGUCUCUCCGAUAUACCUGGCGAAGACACGGUCAAGCUGUUCUGCCCCUCCUGCCUAGACGUCUACGUCCCGCCGAACAGCCGCUUCCAGACGGUCGAUGGCGCCUUCUUUGGCCGCACGUUUGGCGCGCUCUUCCUCCUUACGUUUCCCGAGUACGACCUGUCCCGGACGGCUGCCGAGACCGCUGCCAACCUUCCCCGGUCGGCCACCGAGCAGGGCAUGAUUAACGGCAUGUAUCCUCACAACAUCGCACCCGGCCUCGGCCGCUUGAAGAUCUACGAGCCCAGGAUCUACGGCUUCAAGGUAUCCGAGUAUGCGCGCUCGGGUCCGCGCAUGCAAUGGCUGCGCGACAAGCCUGACAACAUGGACGUGCUAGAUGAAGCCCGCAAUUUUGCCGACGAGCAUGGUGAGCAUGGUGGUGACUCAGACGACGACGACGAGAGCAUGAGCAUGAACGGUGGGAGACCGACGGCGAGGAGACGUCCGGCUGGGAACGCGAGGCUGAGACAGAGGCAGCGACAUAACGGGAGUCCUAUGGUUGUCGAUGUCAACGGGGCCGAAUCGGAGCUUUAGAUGGCAUUAAGGGGACAAUCAUAAUACCAGCAACUAAGCAAUACUGUGACAGCCGUUCCGUCCUCGUGGUGCGAAACGGCAAAAUAGGAAACCAGACUCCUUUUCCGCCUGCUUCAUCCAGCUUGGCAUUGUUGGCGUUCUUGCUUGUUAAUCAUAGGGUGUUGAAACCGACGAGCACGCAGAGUAGCUUUCUAUCUAUAACGUGAAACCCUACAUAGGGUUAUAGUGGUGCCGUGAAAGCCUAGAAAGAAAGUAUCCCGCGUUCCCUCUAAAUAUUUCAAGG